CUUCCCGGCGUCCCCCUGGUUCCUGGGGCGGGGUUCCUUCCCGGGCCUCCUGGAAGACAAGGAUCUGAAAUAGGGAAAGUUGCUAACCGUUGCUGAGGUCCACCAGGCUCUUUCUCCUCCCGGGAUUGCUUAAUCCGCACUUCCACCGUGAGAGAGAAACAGUUACCAUUGUGUGGUUUGAUUCAGGAAUGAAAUCUUCUGAAAGCUAAGAGCAGAAGCCUUUAUGGCCAACAUGGAGGACAAAAGACAGCGAGCCCGAGUGCAGGGAGCCUGGGCUGGCCCUGCUAAGAGCCAGGCUGUUGCUCAGCCAGGCAAGAACCUGGCUACCACUGCUAAGAACCUUCUCCAUCAAAGGCCUGGUCAGACCUGGAUGAACAAGGAGCAUCUGUCGGACAGACAGUUUGUGUUCAAAGAACCCCAGCAGGUAAUACGCAGAGCGCCAGAGCCACGAGUGAUUGACAAAGAGGGUGUGUAUGAAAUCAGCCUGUCACCCACAGGUGUAUCUAGGAGGUUGUUUUAUAUCCAGAGCAUCAUGAUAGGAGUGAUACUGCGCUCUGCUUGCCAUGGGAGGGUGAGUUUGUAUCCUGGUUUCAUUGACUUAAAAGAAGCCAACUGGGUAUUGGAACAGCUCUGUCAAGAUAUUCCCUGGAAACAGAGGACUGGCAUCAGAGAGAAUGUAACUUACCAGCAACCAAGACUUACAGCAUGGUAUGGAGAACUUCCUUACACUUACUCAGGAGUCACUGUGGAAGCCAAUCCUCACUGGCUUCCUGUGCUGCACACACUAAAGAACCAAAUUGAAGAGAACACUGGCCAUACCUUCAACUCCUUGCUCUGCAAUCUUUACCGAAAUGAGAAGGACAGUGUGGACUGGCACAGUGAUGAUGAACCCUCCCUAGGAAGGUGCCCUGUCAUUGCUUCACUCAGUUUUGGUGCCACACGCACUUUUGAAAUGAGGAAGAAACCCCCACCUGAAGAGAAUGGAAACUACACAUAUGUGGACAGAGUGAAGAUACCCUUGGAUCAUGGGACCUUGUUGAUCAUGGAAGGAGCUACACAAGAUGAUUGGCAGAUUUAGGCAGAAGAGUCUAUCAGGCAGCCUGGGACCCUGAGCCUCAGGGCUUGCUUCUCUAGAGCUGGCCACCCACUGGAAGAGCUCACCGCCAGGCCACCUUGUUUGUCCUCUGACUUUCCUGUGCAUCAGGCAGACAUCUACAUCUCUCUCUUUAAUCAACAUUAGCAACAUCUCGUCAGAACCCAUGUUACCAACUGGACUAGGAAUUGGCUACUUAACUGGGGAAGCUCAUUUUGGGGGACAGAAUCCAAUUUCUUGCAAUUUAGACAAAUUCUCAUCUUCCUGGCAUAUGACUCAGAACAGUGUUUCCUGACUAUAUCCAAGCAAACUUUCAGAGGUAGUUGAGUGGUCCCUUCCCCCCUUCAUUCUUAUCUGAGUGAAUUUGGGGACUCUGAAUGACACUCUAACUCAGCAUCAGGCUUCUUCACGAUACUUGACGCACCACAGCUCCAAUCAGCAGAUAGCCCAAAAGAACAGGUCAGGUCACACAGUCAAAGCCUCUUGACAACAGGCAACUGUCCUCAGAGCACAGGCUGGGAUAGAGUGCACUGAGCAUCAGAUUGUACCCCAGUAUUGAAAUCCAGAUCCACAUUGUUGUCCUUGUGUAAACUGCUAAUUCAGGUGGCAUUGAUGAUUCCUAAUACAUUUGGGUCACAGCUCAUAAACCUGCCGUUUCCUUGUGGUACUCAAUCCCUGCCACCUCUGUGGUGGAUAUGACCCUGUCCUAGUGCAUGGCAGGUCUGUCUGGACCUGGUGCAUUGGUGCCACUAUCUCCUGAGUUGUGUCAUGGUGACCCCCCCAAGUACUGAGUGGGCACCGUGGUGAGCAGACUGCUCCAGUUGGAGAGCUUCAGAGAAAGCUCUGACACGUGAUGGGUCCCUGCCCUGCUGGAAAUAUUUCUUGCUUGAGUUCUGGCAGCUUUUACUUGGCUGCAGAAUGUCUAAGACCCACUUUGCCUUUUCUGGUCAUAAAUACUUGUAGUGUUGAAUAUGAGG